CAAACAGCAUGGCUCCCGUGUCUCCAGCUGAGCGCGUGCGUAAGUGUAAAGUAAGUAUAACAGCGCAACCUUCUGCCAACAUGGACGUGAGCGACAGUAUGGGAGUCGAGGUGGUUCUCCCGGAGGAGGGCAGAGUGGCGCCAUGUUGUCCGCACGGUCCUACUUUGCUUUUUGAGAAAGUUGGCAAAGUCAAAGAAGGCCGGAGGUUCUACGCCUGCUCCGCCUGCAGAGACCGGAAAGACUGCAACUUCUUCCAGUGGGAGGAAGAUAAGGUGUCGGCGGUCAGGCUGUUGGCCAGAGAAGCAGAGAACCAGUCCAAGAGACCCGCGUUGAGCCAGAAGGAGACCUGCAGCAGGUUGAGGAAGUUUUCCUCCCUCCGGCUGGAUGAGAAGAAGUUCUGCCAGGACUGUCAGACUCUGCUGCUGCCGGCGGAGCACGGGGCCCAUGCGGCUCACAGGACCACGGACGUGUCCUCGGCUCAGCUGGCGAGGCCCAGCGUGCUGCUGCGGCCGCUGGACAACAAGAAGACCCACGCCCAGUACCUGUUCACCGACCGCAGCGCCAACUUCCUGCUGGACACCCUGGACGCUCUGGGGUUCAGGAAGGUGCUGUGUGUGGGCACACCCAGACUUCAGGAGCUGAUCAAGUUGCGAAACCUUGAGCCGAAGCAUGAGCCGAUGAAGAGCCUGCUGCUGGACAUGGACUUGAGAUACGCUCAGUUCUACAGGCAGGAUGAAUUCUGUCACUACAACAUGUUCAACCAUCACUUCUUUGAUGGAGAGGCCUCCGGUGCCGUGCUGCAGGCCUUCCUCGCGGAGGGCGACGGCCAGAAGGCCGUGAUGGUGUCCGACCCGCCGUUCGGUGGCCUGGUGAAGCCCCUGGCCCACAGCUUCUCUCUUAUCUCACAGACCUGGAGGAAGCUGCAGGCUUCUGACUGCAGUAACACGGACAUGCCCAUGAUGUGGAUCUUCCCAUACUUCUUUGAGCCUCGCAUCCUGGAGUGUCUCCCCUCCUUCACCAUGCUGGACUACCAGGUGGACUAUGACAACCAUCCUCUGUAUAAACACGGGAAGACGGGCAGGAAGCAAACUCCUGUGAGACUGUUCACCAACAUCUCCCCCAGAGACGUGGCGCUGCCCAAAGACGAGGGCUACAGGUUGUGCUCCGUGUGUCAGAGGUUUGUGUCGUCCCUCAACAAGCACUGUGCCAAGUGCAACGUGUGUCCAUCCAAGGACGGCCGGGAGUGGAAGCACUGCUCCACCUGUGAGAAAUGUGUGAAACCAUCCUGGAGACACUGCCAGCGCUGCGGCCGCUGUGCCCUCCCUGACCACCCCUGUGGUCAGACUCCAGGCCAGCAGGGAUGCUUCAACUGCGGCAGCAUGGAGCACAAACGCAGCGCCUGCUCCCUCAAGGACACGCACCGCCUUGGCCAACGGGCCGGGGCCAAGAGAGGAGGAGGCAAGCCGGGCCCCCAGCGGCCCCUCAUGAAGCCUAAAGCCAAGAGGAAGUCCGGAGCGGCUCGCAGAGCCAAGCAGCUGGCUGCUCUGUCCAAGUGACCGCAGCAUCUCUGGUCAGCUGGGACUUGUUGUAUAUCCUAUAAAAUGUAAAGUAUCAAAGGAGAA